CCCUUCGAUCCGCUCCGCUCCGUGUUUUGCGCGCGCUCCCCCGCCUCUCUCUCGCGCUGAACUCCAGCCCCUCUCGCGCUCUCUCUAUCAGCCUUUCAUUCCGUCUCAAUAUGUCUCAAGAUGGCGGCCAAUGCGGGAUCGAUGUUUCAAUAUUGGAAACGCUUUGAUUUGCAGCAGCUCCAGAAAGAACUGGAUGCCACCGCCACAUCCCUGGCCAACAGACAGGAUGAGAGCGAGCAGUCCAGGAAAAAACUCAUCGACCAAAGCCGCGAGUUCAAGAAGAAUACCCCAGAGGAUUUGCGUAAACAGAUAGCUCCUCUACUGAAGGGCUUUCAAGCAGAGAUUGACGCCUUGAGUAAAAGAAGUAAAGAAUCGGAGGCUGCUUUCCUCAGCGUGUACAAGAGAUUAAUCGAUGUCCCAGAUCCUGUCUCGGCACUGGAUGCAGCGCAGCAGCUUCAGGUGACCGUCCGGAAGAUGCAUGACUUGGAGACAGAAAAUCAGAGGCUUAAAGACACACUACAAGAGUACGAGCGGGAAAUCGCAGAGGUUAAAAACCAAGAAGUCACUAUUAAAGCACUUAAGGAGAAGCUGGAGCAGUAUGAACGUUCUCUGCAGGCCAAGAACACAGAGGAACCUGCUGAUGAGAAGCAGGAGCGAAUAGAGGGAGAUGAUGAAGGAGAGAGAAACAGUAAAGGGGAAGACCUUCCUAACAACUAUGCAGACAAGGAGAGUCAGCCACAGCAGAUUCAGGACAGCAGGACGGACGACUUGGAUCUAAAAACAAAUUUACAAACAGCACUUGAAGCAACUCAGGCAGAACUCCACCAGCUGAAGACAAAAUACGAUGAAGAAUCCACAGCGAAGGCCAAUGAGAUUGAAGCGGUGAUGACAGAUUUGGAAAGAGCCAAUCAGAGAGCUGAGGCGGCAGAGAGAGAGGCCGUGACCCUGAGGGAGCAGCUCUCUUCAGCUUCAGCAAACACCCUGAAACCAACCAAUCAGAUUCAGAAAGGCCCGGAUAUGCACAAGUCUCUGGAGCAGAUAUCUUGUAGCAGUCUUGAGGCAGAGCUGGGGGUGAAGGAAAGGGAGGUGGAGCGUUUGGCCGAAGACGUUCAGAGGCUGCAGACCAGUCUCGCUCAGCUCAGCGAGACCUCGGCCAAUCAGAUCAGCAAGCUCGAGCAGCAGCUGUGCUCCAAAGAAGCCCUGCUAAAGCAACUGGAAGAAAAGCUUCAAGACCAGGCAGACUAUGAGGAGAUCAAACGAGAGCUCUGCAACCUCAAAUCAAUGGAGCACAAUUCAUCAGAACAUCCUUCAGCACAGGACAAGCCGUUGGAGAUGUUGCUGACGGGGAAGGACCACAGUCAGCUGUCAGACAGUGCUGUGAAGCGAUUGGUCAACAGUGACUUCAGCGGAGCGCUUGGUCGCAAAAUUAAAGAAACUACAGUGGAAAACCAUCAGCGUCUUCCUGCCACUCCGGUCCCCACCACGCUUCAGGGGUCUCCCCCUCCGCCCUCCCCUCAGCUGUUGAUGAGGACGGGCACCGCUACCUCUGAAUCUGCUGCCAGUGCCAACGGUACACACCCCUUCUCCCCUACGGGCAUCGGGCCAGACUUCUUCACCCCUGGAAUAGCAAGCGUGGGCGCCACGUUCCCCCCGCUGGCCGGCAAAAUGGCACUCAACUCUCUUCUUCAGAGGCAGCUCAUGCAAACCAUCUACACCAAAGCCCUCCAAGACCCCUCUCCGAGCUCCGUGCUGUUCGGACCGCCCCAUUACGCUACGACCAACUCUCUCUCCAGCCCCCUGCCCCCUCAAUCGGCGGGUAGCCCGGAAGUGAACGGAAUGGCGCCGUCCCCCAGCCAAUCGGAGGGCGCGGGCAGCACGUCGGAAGGGGAGGAAAUGGACACGGCUGAGAUAGCACGACAGGUCAAGGAGCAGCUGAUCAAACACAACAUCGGCCAGCGCGUGUUCGGUCAUUACGUGCUGGGUCUCUCCCAAGGUUCGGUCAGCGAGAUCCUAGCCCGACCCAAACCAUGGAGCAAACUGACUAUUCGCGGCAAAGAGCCCUUUCACAAGAUGAAGCACUUCCUGUCGGAUGAGCAGAACAUCCUGGCGCUCAGGAGCAUCCAGGGCAGGCAGAGAGAGAACCCAGGCCAGAACCUGAGCCGAGUGUUUCAGGACGUUCCGAAGCGAAGAACCGGCUCGGAAGGCUCCACGCGGCCAGGUAACAUCACCACGCGGAUCCGCACACCUGAGACCGGCUCGGACGAAGCUAUAAAGUCCAUCUUGGAGCAGGCCAAAAGAGAGUUACAGGUGCAGAAAGCAGACGGCGUGGGGGAGAGGCAACGGCGAUCAGGUUACCACAGAGGGUCGGGAAGCUAUUUCCAAAUAUAUGCACACAGUCUAAGACUUGUUGACAGUUCUCAGCCUCCGUCCUCCUCCAGCAAUUCGGACGACAACAUUCGUUCCAUCCUAGAGCAGGCUCGGAGAGAGAUGGAGGCCCAGCAGGUGGCUCUGGAGCCGGUUCUCAAGGCCAGCUCCAUGGCUCCGACAGAUCUCUCGCUCCUGGGCUCCAAGCUCCUGGGGUCGCCCGCUCUCUUCCCACCUUACACCUCAAUGGCUCAGUCUUUAAAAAAGCCCUCCAGUUCCCCUCUCCUGGACUUCACCGGGGUCAAGAAGGAGAUGGGUGAGGUGGCCGUGUCAGAGGGGCUGGAUGGAUUUCCCAAACUUGGACGUCUGUCCGAGAGUGGAAGCGGUGUGGGUGGAGGUUCUUGGCGGGAACAUUGGUGGAGUUCUGGUCUGUCGGAGCGCCGUGGGCAACCGUCUGUUAGCGAAGACAGCCACAAUCAAGAGGAUAGCAAGGAGAAGCUUCCUCGGCUGGGCAGCACUGCACCCGUGGCUCCGGCCUCAUCUCUGGAUUACUGGAAGGACUGGCCCAGCGCGGAGUCUCCAUACUCCCAGAGCUCUGAGCUCAGUCUGCAGAUGCCCAGCGGCAGCGAGACCCCUCAGAGCAGCCCGCUGCCCUCCUCUUCGCCCCUACUGAACCUCCCCAAAGUCGCCAAACCCGUGGUGCCCCCUCUCACGCCCGAACAAUACGAGUACUACAUGUACCAGGAAGUAGACACUGUGGAUCUCACACAGCAGGUCAAAGACAAGCUGGCCAAGAACGGCAUCUGCCAGCGGAUCUUCGGAGAGAAGGUGUUGGGUCUCUCUCAGGGGAGUGUGAGCGACAUGCUCUCUCGGCCAAAGCACUGGAGCAAACUCACGCAGAAAGGAAGAGAGCCCUUUAUACGCAUGCAGUUAUGGCUGAAUGGAGAGCUGGGCCAAUCUCUGAUGCCUAUGCCCGGACAGACACAAGAGAUUACUCCGAAGACCUCGGCCAGCUGCAGUCCUGCCCCAGAAUCCCCUCUUAGUUCGGCCGAGGAGUCGGUUAAAAGUCAGCAGGAAGAACAGAUGUGCCGGUCGUCCAUACAGGAGCCCAGCGAAACGUCCGAGUCUCAGCCUGGCACACCUUUACCGUUGCCUGUGCCGGGACACUCGGGUCUCAGCAUACAGGAAAUGGUGGCGAUGUCGCCCGAAUUGGACACUUACGUCAUCACUAAGAAGGUUAAAGAAGUUCUCACAGAUAACAACCUCGGUCAGCGUCUGUUUGGUGAAAGCAUCUUAGGUUUGACGCAAGGCUCCGUGUCUGAUCUGCUGGCCCGGCCCAAACCCUGGCACAAGCUCAGCCUAAAGGGCCGAGAGCCGUUUGUUCGUAUGCAGCUCUGGUUGAGCGACCCGCGCAACGUGGAGAAACUCAUGGAUAUGAAACGGAUGGAAAAGAAAGCCUACAUGAAGAGACGCCACAGUUCCAUUGGUGAGAGUCAUUUACUGGAGGGCAGUCUGCCAGGAAGUGACCUCACUCAGGGGGCGAGUCCACAGCAUCUGUCCCAUCAGCCGCAGCAGCACCAUCAGCCGCAGCAGCCUCAUCUGAAGAAACCCCGCGUGGUUCUGGCUCCAGAGGAGAAGGAAGCUCUGAAGAGAGCCUACCAGCAGAAGCCUUACCCCUCUCCUAAAACCAUCGAGGAGUUAGCCAGCCAGCUCAACCUCAAAACCAGCACGGUUAUCAACUGGUUCCACAACUACAGGUCUCGUAUCCGGCGAGAACUUUUCAUCGAAGAGAUCCAAGCUGCAGCCGGUGAAGGUGGGUCACCUUCGGCGCGGCCCCCGGGGAAGUCUGGGGGCGAUGGAGAGAACAGCUGCGACGGCACGGAGUCUGACAGCACCGCCGAGGGUCGACCCGCCGGAUCGUCCGGGUCAGAGGAACGCAAGGGCUUCUUGGAGAGUCCCGGCCUCAGCCACAGAGAUGAAGACGGGGAGGGAGAGUUCCCCAGCGCUUCGGGUACCACCAGGCUAAUAGACAGCCUGUUCGGCAUCCCCGAUUCGGCCUCCGUAACGUCUGCCACCGUCGCAGCUCCUCUACGAAACCCAAAGGACAGCAAUCUACGCAAGAAAAAAGCAGCCAACCUCAACAACAUCAUCCACCGGCUGGAGAAAGCAGCGAACCGUGAUGAGCCUCACGAAUGGGAGUUUUGAAAGGCUUCUCACUAUGUCCCUUACUGAGCUGACCCGGCCAAGCCUGGUGCACACACUCCACCGGUGAACCCAUGGGUUUUAUAUUUGCUGUUUUAAAGUGUAUGGGCUAUCAAAGACAGGACAAAAAACGAAAAGAGGAGUUUUAAUCUGUUUGUUUUGUUUUUGUGAAGCACUUAACAGUCCUGCUGGCCACAGGGCUGUGACACCAUUGGCUAAUGGUGAAGAAACAAACUGAAAAAAAAAACUGAGACAAAGCACAGGAGAAGGGAGCGUUCUCACAAAAUCUCACGAGACUGGCGAAAGUCACGAAAAAUAUACACACUAUAUCACGUCGCCUCUCACAGAGGCGUUCUCACCAACAAGCUGAAUAACUGUUACAAUAAUUUAUCAAUUCUCAAGACUUUUGGGAGUUUCGUCUUUUGUAUCACGUAAACUUCGAGAGACUAGUUUAAACCGGUUUUCGAACCAAAAGUUAAGCAUUUUAAGAGCAAGUGUUGGCUGAAGGAACACGGGUGCACCGUCCCAUCCGCCUCUCCCUUCCUACCCACGAGGAGGCCAUCCAAUGGCUAUGCAACUCUAGUACGCAAUGGAUUCCAAUGUAAUGGAACCGGCGUCAUUUUCACAGUUCGGAAACUUCUCGUAGGAGAGAAGAAAAUCCUUUUUAUAGCAAUUAAGUUGCCACCAAGAGAUUGCACAGUCAGUUGACUCUAAACAGCACUCCUUUUAAUUUUACAACACACCUUUUGGUGAGCCAAUGGCGUAAAAGGAAAAAGAAAAAAAUCAUGCUACGAAAACACGUAAAAAAAUUAUCCAGAAUCCUCGUCAUGAAAAACUAUCACACGAAAUUCAUAUCAACUAUUGUAACGUCUACAAAAAAAUAAUAAAAUGAAACGGUCCUGAUGGGAGAAAAAGGAGGAAUUUCGUAAUAGCUAACUUGAUAGCUAAGUGAUAGCUAAGUGUCAAUUUUUAUCGUUAUUUAGGUAAGGGUAGCGUUCGUUUAUUUUUCCAUAGCUUUAAUCUCCUCCCCAGCUUAACGUUUUUAAGCUCGUCGGAGGUCUUGUUUAAUACGUCAUUUUAGGCCAAAACAAAGACGGAAAUAGUAAGAAAAAAAGGAUUUGUACAGUACUUUGAGUAAAUAUUCCUGACAAGAUAUUUUUUAAAGAGAAUGAGCGAGCCUGAUUUUUAUCCUCUUAUAAUAGAACCAUACAUCAGAGACCUCUAACCAAGUUGGGUGGUUUGGCCCAUAGAAUUCAAAUAUGAUUUUACCAAUUUUAAUUCUAUGGUGUGGCCAUAGGCCACUGCACUGUAUGGGCUGGUCCUCAGCACCAGGGUACAGGACGCUGAGUGUGCAGGGAAACCGACCUAGCGCUCGCUCUAUUACGAACUCUAAACUUCUUCAGGUUUUUCACCAGCUUCUCCAUUCACUGUUCACCCGAAGCGUCCCAGACGUAACCAAGUACGUUCACGACACGCAUUUAUCCUCGGAACGACUGGAAAAGCGCGACCAAUUUCACGUCACACCUUGAGCGAAACGUUUUUGUUUUCUUUAUAUAACGGAGAACUGUGAGACUUUCCGUUUAUAUUUUUUAUUGCGCAAGAAUAAACGUAGAUCGUGAACGAAAUUUAAGGUGGAAACGCCAGGGGGCGCAGCGAAGACUCGCAUCUCCCGAUGCCUUUGGAGUUGGUUUUGUGAUGCGUGCUUCUGUACGAUAAAGCAUGCGCGUCUGUGUACAAACCACAGUGUUGGGGGUGUUUGUUUGUUUGUGUGUGUAUGUGUGUGACUAGAGCGAUUUAUAUUUGUAUAUUACUACUACUCGCCACAGGCUGUGGAAACCUCCUCACGUCCCUAAGCUAUUUAGCAGUCCUACAGCAUAUCACAUAGUACAUUAAAUUACUUUUAUUUACACGCAUAAGAAAAACUAAUGGUAGAUUUUCAUUUUUGUUCGUUUUUGUUCGUUCGUUUGGUGUGGUUUGCUUAUUUAUAGAUGCUGUCUUUUACAUAUUGAUGUCUUAUAUUGUUAUACGUGCUCUUUUUUUUGUAAUGGAAGGGACUAUAAAAGGUCAGGUUACAUAUUUUUAGACAAAUAGACUGCCGGCAGUAUUGGAUUACAUUUAAAUGAUGUACUUUUGAUACAUGUCUCUAUUGAUUAAUUCUGAAGAUUAUCAUUUUGAUUUAUGUUUUCAUAUAUUUUACUCUGUCACCGAGCUGGAUGAACACAGUUACUACGUUGACAAAGAUAUGUAUUGCAUUAAUGAUUUCAUUAGUAAGCUUUUAGAUGUUUUUUUAACACUUUAAAGAUGACGAUUCAAGAUGAAUUGUGUUUGGCUGUAUUCGCGCUUAAAGGCAAACCUGACGCUCUUGAAUUAUUUGGUUUUCAGGUAUAACCUGCAAACGCUCUGAGAUUACGUUUAUUAUCGCAAUCAAGCUUAGUUGCUACGAUGAGCCAGUGAACAACUGGUAGUUGACGUCACUGAAAAUAGCUGUCGCUCUGAGCUGCACCUUGAGGAAUUGGAUUUUUUGUUUUAGUAGGAAUGAAAUUCACUUGAUGUUGUUUGGUAAUCAAAAAAAAAAGAAACGCAUUUGAAUUCAUGCCGGUGAAUUUUUCGGAGAACGUCGGCUUAAAACUACCUUCGGCCUUUGUCGUGUGUGCCAAUGAAAGAUUAAAUCAAAUUUGUCUCUUUAAGACCUAAAACAAAAGCACAGUUAACGUUACAUAAAACAUAUGUUUAAUAAGCCCGUGACUGUUUCUCAAACUUUCUCUCCACGUCUAACAUUGGAGUGCCUUCAAUGAAAACUCGUUGCGUCUUUUUCAUUCCAAAUAAGUCUUUUACGCAGAUUGGAAAUAUCACGUGUCAGAUCAUAUAACAUUAUUGCAAAUUAGCCAGCAAGGUCUCAUCUAGUCUCAGGUCAUAAUAUUCUGUACUUUUACAGUGUGUAUUGUUUUAUCUAAGAGAAAACAGCUGUCCCAGGAUUCAGGCUUGGUUCUUAUACCAAAGUUCCUACAGUGGGAAUUGUAAAAAAUGACUACAUUUAUAUGUCCCAUCAUUUCUUUUUAAUAAUCAUGUUAUUGUAUUUUAUCUGCAAGUUCCCCAUUGGAGGUGGAUUUAGCGUGUGAAUUGAUUUCUAGAAUACACUGUAGUGUGGACCAAAUUGUCAAAAAACUGACAAAUCGACAUUUUUUCAAAUCAUAACCACGUGAUUUUAAUCGAACACAGGAAAAACAUUUACCAUUUUCUGGACGCUUUUUAUGUCCGUCACAUUGAUUUGUGUUUUAGAAACAUUCUCACUGGUGUGUGAUGUUAUCGUCAUGGCAUGAAACACGUAGAAACGAUUCUCGAUUCAGAUGUCCUGCACUUUUCUCUGCUUCUUUUCGCAAAUAUUUUUCUAUGGAAAAUAUUGCAGAUGACUAAACGCAUCAACUCACAACUGCACAGACAGCACGUUUAUAUGGUUUCUAAGAAAAAGACAAAAAAAGACAAAAAAUGGAAAACAAAAAAAGCUCAUCAUUAUUGAUAUUACAUCGGUAGUCACGAGUAGCAUUAAUGUAGAUAGAUUCGUCCGUAGCUUAGUUUGGUAGUGAUGUCAUAAUUGUUACCUCGUUUUUUUUCCCGCACACUCAAAACAUCACUUCCUGAGACAGUAUGUUCUUUCUUCACCUGAGACGGUAUGUUUUAAACAGCUACAGUUUUGUUUCAUUGUAUCCCAGAUGGAGAUUUCAUGUUUGUUUGUUUUAUUUUUUCUCAAAGUUGUGUAACUGUGUUACAUUUGAGGCUCGCAUGAUGAUUAUCUGUUCAGUCAAUCUCAGCAAGAGCAACACUUUUACGAUUCAUAUCGACCAGCCGAUAUCUACUGGAAUGAGUUGGCUCGGUGUUGACAUUCAUAUCUCGAUCUGUAUGUGGGUAAUAUGAAGCCUGACAGGCAGCUCCCAACAAGCUGGUAUACUAUAGAUUCUCCUUAGGUCUCUCAAAGCUCAGGUAGAAACUUGGUUUAGCACAGCCCUUUCGUCCAUUAGUUUGUCUGUGACACUUUCCCCUCUUACACCUGCUAACAACAGUUGUACGGUUUAUUUUUCUAUGUGUCAUGGUUUUGAACCACAAGAUGGAGCUGAAUCCUCCAUUAACUGAAUAAAGACUCUUCCACUUUGUUCUCUUGA